UGCUUGAUAACCAAUCGGAAGCCGAAUAGCUUAUCCAAUGACGUUCUCCUACGUAACAUCACAUGGUCAUAACGCUAAUGAGCUAUUCUAUCUAUUAAGGUUGUAUUCUUCGAGGUUGUACUUUGACUUUGAAUCUAUAAUUUCUAUCCCAGGAAAUAAUCCGCAGCAAUUCUUCUGACGACGAUUAAUAAAAAAAAUAAUUACUAAUGGCUCGUACAAAGCAGACCGCUCGUAAGUCUACCGGAGGUAAAGCUCCGAGGAAGCAGCUGGCCACCAAGGCUGCCAGAAAGAGUGCGCCGUCUACAGGUGGCGUGAAGAAGCCACAUCGUUACAGGCCUGGUACCGUCGCUCUGAGAGAAAUCAGACGUUACCAAAAAUCCACUGAGUUGCUCAUCAGGAAGUUGCCAUUCCAGCGUUUGGUUCGAGAAAUCGCACAGGAUUUCAAAACGGAUCUGCGUUUCCAGAGUGCUGCUAUCGGUGCUCUACAGGAAGCCAGUGAAGCUUACUUGGUCGGCUUGUUUGAAGAUACCAACUUGUGUGCCAUUCACGCCAAACGGGUAACAAUUAUGCCCAAGGACAUUCAGCUGGCCAGAAGAAUUCGAGGAGAACGGGCAUAAAAACACCACACUACUACCUUUGCCCCAACCAACACACCACUUAAUCACACCAAUUGUAUACAAGAAAAAUACAAAAAAAAAAAACACGCCACUCUUCACACAACUCUAUCUAUCUUUCUCUCUCAUAUAUUACUGACCAUUAAUAAUAAUAAUAUGAAUACAAGUACCAUUUUCAUGUCAUCAUUUUGUAAUAUUUCAUAUUAGGACAUAAAACUUUUUUAUAAAGACCAUGUAGACCAUUGGUAUAAUUAUUUUGGAAAGAUGUAUUUUCGUUUCUUUUUUUGUCCAAGCUUCCUCUGUCGCCGCCAUCUUCCCCUUUCCCCCCGUGUCCCAUGAGGUUUGUUUUCCUCCUCCUCCUCCUCCUUCACUCUUCACGUAAAAAAAAAACCUCCAUCAGUGUUUUGAAAUUUACAUUGGAAGAAGAAAAAAAUUGAGGGUCAAAGGAAACUUGGGGUUUUAUUUAUUCCAUUGGAGUCGUUUAUUUUUGUUUCUAUAUUUUCCUAUAAUUUUAAUGUACCUCCCCCCAUCCCAACUUAGUGUGUAAUAAUGUCUGGGGGUCUUGUUUACAAACAACCCUCCCUUGACUACGCCCUUUUUGCUAAUCCCUUUCCCCCCGCUCCAUUUUAGACCCUCCCCCCAAAUAAGAGCAACCUAUUUUAAGUUAGUCCACAUUUUUUUCUUUAAGGAAAAAGUUGCAUCCUUUCUCCCCCGAAAGGAGUCUCUAGACUCUACCAUCAUCUUUACACACUAUUCUCUCCACCCAACCCUGCUCGCUCUACCCCCUCUCCCCAACUAAUUUAAAUUGUACACCCCACUUUUUUGUCCUUGUCUCUUUACAUUCACUGUACUGCAUCUCACUAUAGCUUCAUAAUAAAAGUUUUUUGGUCCAUACACUGUA